CUUUUCGAGGUCUUCAUCCUCUGUACGCCGUAUAUGUUCAUCAUCGAACAGUCCUUUAAUUCGGUACACACCUGCUUUUGCACAGGCAUCUUCUCGCAACAAUACAUUUAUGGAUCUCAAUGCUGCGCUAUCGAAUGGAGAGUUGUACCUACGGCCAUUUUCUACAUCUACAAUCGUAACAAGCAUGAGGUCACUUCUGGUCCAAGUCACAGUGAUUUAGUUCAUGGUCUCACAAGGAGAAUGUUAUCACCGAAGACGAACAUUUUCAAUGGUUUGGUUUCAGUUCGUGAUCAAUUUUUACGUAGUGAUGUGGAUCACCGUGAGAUGUACGCCUUGGAAUUUGCUAAUGCAUUGAGCUGUGUUGCGGAGAUAUGGGACAUUUUGGAGCAGCAGCAGGACAUGCAGCUGAAUGUAGUCAUGAAUAUUACAAGAGCAGAACUUCAAAUGUGGGGAAGAGUCCAAGUGCUUCCUAGGAUGCCUGCACCGAUGUUACAGUGAGAGCAGGUAUGCAAACAAGUUUCCCAGCAUCCAAUCAUGGUCUCUGGUGCAUGUGUAAACAAAAUGCUUAAUGAAAAAAAAAGAGGAAAUGUAUGAAACAGUUGCUCACAAAUGUAUUGCGGCGAGAAGAUGCCCGUGCAAAAGCAGGUGUGUACAGUCUGCCCUGCAAUAACAAAACCAUUACUUACAAAAAAAAAAGA